AUACGAAGGCCACGAACCAACAACCGGAUGUUUAGAUACCGGAGCUACUAACACAUUAGCGGAUCGUAAGUGGGUGCAAAAGUACGCACCAGAAGCGGAAAUACUGACUAACGACACUCUACGCAUACGAGGCAUAGGAGGAACACUGACUUUGACAGAACGAGCAAUACUCACAUUUGUUCUGCGAGGCAACAAGCGGGGCAAACCGACACAUUGCCUUAUUACAGCGGAGGUGUGGAUCAUGGACAACCUCAAGCCAAACAUCCUUCUAGGCUCUAGCUUCCUGGCAGAGCACGGAGUGACAAUCGAUUACGGGCGCAACAAAGCUACCUUCAGCUCUUGUAACGGCAUGGAAACCGAUAUCACGGUAUAUCGGAAGCGAAAUACAAUACGUCGCAGAGUGUUGGUUGAAGCCGCAACGGUUGUGCCAGCGAACUCGCGAACACUCAUACACGUCUGCUAUGCAGAUGUGGACGAGUUCGAUGACUACGGCUCAAGACGAGACUACCAAUUUAUAGCAUCCGCCAAAGGAUUCAGCAAUUGCGUGACCGAUGCAAGGUCAGCAAAGGUCGUGCCAUACACCAACCUGUCCGAUAAAGCCAUUCGUUUGACAAGAAAGCAAAAAGUGGGGCACCUUACCGACAUAGGCGAAGACGGAUUCAUUGCGACAUCUUGGGAACGAGCCAACAUGGUACAGACUGCGUGCAUCAUCCAAGACGAACAACGGACAGAGGAGAUGUCCAACAAGCCGGCACCAACGGACAACGACGAAGACAACGACGUAUGGAUAUCUCAGGAAUUCACUCUGACGGAUGACAUGAUGGCAAUGUUGCAAUCAGAAGACUGUACACCAGACGACCUUUGGAAGAAAAUCAAGAAAAAAGAAAUGUCCGAAAAUGCCCAUAAACCGAAGCCACCCACAAACAUCGAGGAAGUUAUCACGGAAGAAGGCAUACACAUAUGUGGGACAAAUGAAAAAUGGAGUGCGGAAGCCAGGAAGGCUAUUCGCGCUCACAAAGCUGUAUUCGGCAACGAGGUAUCAUCAAGAUGCCGGAGGAAGACAUGAUAAGAAUCGACCUUGUCGAAGGCUGGCAGAAUCAGAAAUUGGGCGCAAAACACUAUCCCCUAGGCACCAAAGACAAGGAGAUUCUCGACAACACAUUUGACCCUAUGCAUGCCGAAGGCAAGCUUCAAUUUCGCAAGGGACCAACCCCAUUUGGCUGCCCA